CUGAAUGAUGCUGCAUGGCCGUUAUGAUUGAUAAGACCGACCCCACCAGGCGCAUCUAGAAGCUCAAGCUCAAGCCCUUUCCUCCAUCUUCUUUCCCUCGCAAUAAUCUCCAGAAGUCAUGUCUCAACCCAAAACAGAUGCCCAAGAGCCAGAAGCAACAUGCUGCAGCAGCGAAGGCAUCGCCUACAAAGACCUCUCCCCCGAGCAGAAAGAAAUAAGCGACAUUCUACGCAACAUGGAUCGCGACCCUGACCUAAUGGGCCUAGCAGACCUCGGCAAAGACGGAGUUUUCCGCUUUCUCGAUGCUGAUCGCAACAUCCACUACGCCGUCCCUCUGCGGCCUGCACUCAUAAAAGCUCUUAUUGAUCGUCUACCUUAUGACCCAGAAGUCGAAAAGUUCUGGCGUGGCGUCGAUGGAACGAAAGUGCCUGAAGAGCAGUGGUAUAAUCCGCCUGAGGGUAUACUUCCUCCGCCGUUGACGGAAGAGGAGAGAAGGGAGGAAAGGGAAAUUGUGGAGAGGAAUAAGGAGAAGUUUGAUAAGAUUCGAGAGGAUUUAAAGAAUGGGAUUCAUCGGGAGCGUCUUGUAUUUAUAGAAUCGGAUAAUAAGCUUGAGUAGAUCUGGUGUCUCACCAUUCAAGCAUUUAAUUGAGCUGCUAGGGGAGGCAAGAAAACUUAGGACCUCUAUCCUAAAUGUCAAAAAGACUUAGGUAAAUUUAGUCUUAAUUUAG